AUCCCAUCCUUUAUCCAGGAGCAGGCCUGGUGUUCCUUCCAUCUGCUAUCCACCUGGUCGGCCUGUACCAUGCCUUGGGGAGUGCCCUCUUUUAGGUGCCUGGGUAUGAUCCCAGUGGAUCUGUAUUUCCACUUGUAGCCUUGACUUCCCCAACAGAACCUUCAGCCUCCCCGCUUGCCCCUCUAGUCUGUUGUCCAUACAGCAGCCAGAGUGGGAGGGGCCGGCUUCGCAGGUAUGCAUCCAGUGCAGCCACUCAAGGCGAGAGCUCAGAAGGACCAUGUGCUUGGGCUUCAGUGCUCUGGUCACCAUCUUGAAACAAUCAUUUUAGCAUUGAAUUUGUGCUUUGUGAGUGAAGUCUGAUGGGAAAAUGGCACCUUCACUGGGAAUUUGGAAGCUGGUUUGUGUGUGUCCCAUGUCCCACUGCCUCCCCAGCACAGGCUCCUGGCUGCCCACUCCCAGACUCCCAGUAUCCCCACCUCUGCCCCACCAUGGCUACCCCACUUCAUCUGGAGGCCUGAAUGCAGGCUCAAGGAGGACUGGGGACUGCUGGAUUGGCCCCUGGCAUCUUAGGGUGUGACAGAGUAGUGGUUCUUCCCUCCCUGGGCUAAAACUUAGCAUAGGCUUCUCCCCGACCCCCAAUCCAGGUAUUGAGCAUGUCCUAAAAUGACUGUGGCAAUCUGGAGGGGCUGCCUAUUGGCCAUGGGUGGAGGCAAUGUGCCGUGAGAAGAGGCAGUGGACUUUCUUGCCUCUGGUGGGGGCUUUGCAGUUACAUUUUUCACCAAAUCCACAAAUUGUUUAGCUAGCCUGGCCAGGCACCGUGGCUUAUGCCUGUAAUCCCAGGACUUUGGGAGGCAGAGAUAAGCAGAUCACUUUGAGCUCAGGAGUUUAAGAACAGCCUGGGCAACAUGACGAAACCCCGUCUCUACAAAAAAAUACAAAAAGUAUCUGGGCAUGGUGGUGUGCACCUGGGGUCCCAGCUACCGGAGAGGCUGAGUCUGGAGAAUUGCUUGAACCCAGGGGGUGGAGGUUGCAGUGAGCUGAGAUCACACUACUGUACUCCAGCCUGGGUGACAGAGUAAAACCCUGUCUCAAAAAUAAAUAAAUAAAUAAAUAAAAUUGGCCAGGCGUGGUGGCUGACACCUGUAAUCCCAGCACUUUGGGAGGCCAAGGCAGGCAGAUCACCUGAGGUCGGGAGUUCCAGACCAGCCUGACUAACGUGGAGAAACCUAGUCUCUACCAAAAAUUCAAAAAUUAGCCGGAUGUCAUGGCGCAUGCUUAUAAUCCCAGCUACUCAGGAGGCUGAGGCAGGAGAAUCGCUUGAACUCGGGAGGCGGAGGUUGCAGUGAGCUGAGAUCAUGCCAUUGCACUCCAGCCUGGGCAAGAACGAAACUCCAUCUCAAAAAAAAAAAUUAAUAAAUAAAAUUAUAUAGCCAGCCCUAAGAGUGAGGCUUCUACCAUACAUGUUUGCCCUGUGGGAUCCCUCCUGAGAUACUGACUGGUGAAGUCCCCAUCCCCUCCUUUGGCCCCUGAGGGCCUGCAUGACCCAGGCCUGCUCUGCCCUUCACCUUGGUGCACCCAUCUUGGCAUCAAAUAUUCCUGCCAGGCCAGCCAGACCUCCUUCGUUCCCCAGAAUGGGUUCUGUAUCCCCUCUCCUCUGGGCCCUGUACCUGUGGUUUGCCCCGCCUGGACAGCCUUUUUCUACCUCCUUGCUUAUCAGGACAGGCUGACACCCCUCCUCACCCUCCCCGCAUCCAGGUUCUCACCCAGAUCAUAGCAAUGCCUUUUCAUUGUCUGGUUGGGAUAUUGGGGAAGAUGGAGCUUUGUCUCUCUUGUUUCCAGCUGUACCGCAGUGUGAGACACAGCGCUUGGUGCUCAGUAAGUAUCGUUAAGUGAAGACUGAUUGUCCCAUCUGCUUCCUCACAUCUUUGCCUGGUGAUGAGCAAAUGGAAGCUCAGAGAGGGCAGUGACUCACCAGCAUUUCAUGCUGGGAUGGAGGCAGGUUCAGAGCUUGAAUCUGAGUCCAGCGCCCACGCUUUCUCUCCUGCAAGGAUGAAAGGCUACAGGGCUUGAGAAAACCCUCCCUUCUGCCCUGAAGGCAGAGCUGUGGCACAGCUCAGGCUUGCUUCCUCAUCCCCUGAGUGUGAGGCUUUGCUGCCAACACACAGGGGCUUGUCCCACCUGGGGCAGGAGGAGGCAGAGUCUAUGGCAUUGCUUCUCUGAAUCUGAUUGAUUCAGCCCCACAAUCUCAGGCCCUCCAGACACCAAAAUGAACAAGAUCCAGCCCCAGCUUCAGGGGUGUCUCCACCUGCUGAAGGUGGUCUCUGCUGAACUUUUCUAGGUUCUGAAUCCCACCUCACCCCAACCCUUCUACAUCCUGGCUUGUAGGAUGUGCGAAUGACUCCCAUGCCUGGACUAGUGGCUUUACUAGGUAAUGGUGGCUUCUCAGAGCACAGAGAGGUGCAGUGGAGUCCCAGAGCCCCUGAGCCGAGGAUCAAGCCCAGAUCUUCCUGGCUCUGAAGCCUGGGCUGCACCAAGCCUAUCACAUAUCAGAUGUCCCAGCCCUGAACAGCCCGAGAACAAGACCGCACCCAGUUGGGAGGGGUGAGGCAAGGAGGCUCUAGGGAGGCCACAGCACCUGCACUGGGUCUAAGAGGGUGUCCCAGGAGGGAUGAGAAGGAGCAGAGCAGCCAAGCCAGGGUGCAGAGGCAGGGAAGAGUGGGGCAAGAGAAGGGUGGAAGGAAGGUUCAGCCCAGACCGCAGGCCAGAGAGUUUGGAUUUUGAUCUGAUGGUAGUAGGGAGCCACAGAAGGUGUUUGAGCAAUGUGAGGUCAUCUGUGCUUGGGGAGCCUAUGCUGGCUGUGCACUGGGGAGUGGAAGGGAGGCAAGGAGCCCAGUCAAGAGGCCAUUAGAGGGUCCAGAAGUGGCUCAUAGUUUUGAUGCAUUUCACCCUGCUCAAGUUUGAGGCAGGGUGAAAGCCAUUGGGAGGGAGAUACACCAGAGGACAUGCAGGGCCCAUGAGUGCUGAAGAAGGCUGCAGCUGGGUUGGGCAUCAAUGACAUAAACCUGAGGGAGGGCAGGGGGAUGUGCAGGGCCACGUGAAGUAGGGUGGCAUUCAGGGGCUGUGUACAUAGUAGGUACUCAGUAACUGUUCAUUGAAUGAAUGGAUGAAUAAAUCCUUGUCUCUGGGUCCGCUCUGGUCUUACCCUCUCCUGUUUCCCACACCUCCUCUCUUUGCCCACCCUGUCCUGUGGCCCUGGAGAGACCUCAGCUGGCCCAGUAGAGGCAGUGCUGGCCCAUGGUUCCGCCGGAGGGCGCCUCCAUGUUUGCGGGUGCACCGCACGCCUUCUCCCUCUCUGUCCCCCUCCCCCUCCCUGUCCUUAUCUUUCCCUUCUGUCUCCAUGGCGACUCACCACCUCGGCUUGCCUGCAUCCCAGCCUCUGCCAGGGAUUCUGAGCCGGGCUCCAUCCCUCCCUCCUCGGAGCCCUGCUACCCGCAGCCCUGUCUCCUCCCCCUGGGGAGAGAAAACAGAGCUUCAUGGGAAACAGCGGCAACAGUUGGUCCCACACGCCUUUCCCCAAGUUGGAGCUGGGCCUGGGGCCCCGGCCCAUGGUGCCCCGGGAGCUCCCCACCUGCUCCAUCUGCCUGGAGAGGUUGCGCGACCCCAUCUCGCUGGACUGUGGCCACGACUUCUGCAUACGGUGCUUUAGCACACACCGUGUCCCGGGCUGUGAGCCGCCCUGCUGUCCUGAGUGCCGGAAGAUAUGCAAGCAGAAGAGAGGCCUCCGGAGCCUGGGCGAGAAGAUGAAGCUCCUGCCGCAGCGGCCGCUGCCCCCUGCACUGCAGGAGACCUGUCCUGUGAGGGCGGAGCCGCUGCUGCUGGUUCGCGUCAAUGCCUCUGGGGGCCUCAUCCUUAGGAUGGGGGCCAUCAACCGUUGCCUGAAGCACCCUCUGGCCAGGGACACUCCGGUCUGCCUCCUCGCUGUCCUGGGGGAGCAGCACUCAGGGAAGUCCUUCCUCCUCAACUAUUUGCUUCAGGGCUUGCCGGGCCUGGAGUCUGGUGAGGGCGGCCGGCCGAGAGGAGGAGAGGCAUCCCUGCAGGGCUGCAAGUGGGGCGCCAAUGGCCUUGCCAGGGGCAUAUGGAUGUGGAGCCACCCCUUCUUGCUGGGGAAAGAAGGGAAGAAGGUGGCGGUGUUCCUGGUGGACACAGGGGAUGCCAUGAGCCCUGAGCUGAGCAGGGAAACAAGGAUCAAGCUCUGUGCUCUCACCACGAUGCUGAGCUCCUACCAGAUCCUCAGCACCUCCCAGGAGCUGAAGGAUACAGACCUGGACUAUCUGGAGAUGUUUGUCCACGUGGCCGAGGUGAUGGGCAAGCAUUAUGGGAUGGUGCCAAUCCAGCAUCUGGACCUCUUAGUUCGUGACUCAUCCCUCCCCAACAAGGCAGGGCAGGGGCAUGUAGGCAACAUCUUCCAGAGAUUGUCUGGCAGAUACCCCAAGGUGCAGGAGCUGCUGCAAGGGAAGCGAGCCCGUUGCUGCCUCUUGCCUGCCCCAGGGAGGCGGCGGAUGAACCAAGGCCACGCAAGCCCUGGUGACACAGACGAUGACUUCCGCCACCUUCUGGGGGCCUACGUCUCAGAUGUGCUGAGUGCGGCCCCCCAGCACGCUAAGAGCCGCUGCCAGGGGUACUGGAACGAGGGGCGCGCCGUGGCCAGGGGGGACAGACGCCUGCUCACAGGGCAGCAGCUAGCUCAGGAAAUCAAGAACCUCUCAGGAUGGAUGGGGAGGACAGGGCCCGGUUUCACCUCUCCGGAUGAGAUGGCUGCUCAGCUGCAUGACCUGAGGAAGAUGGAAGCUGCCAAGAGGGAGUUCGAGGAGUAUGUGAGGCAGCAGGACAUAGCCACCAAGCGCAUAUUCUCUGCGCUGCGGGUCCUGCCAGACACCAUGCGGAACCUCCUCUCCACCCAGAAAGAUGUCAUUCUGGCCCGCCAUGGUGUGGCCUUACUCUGCAAGGGGAGAGAUCAGACCUUGGAGGCACUAGAAGCCGAGCUGCAGGCCACGGCCAAGGCCUUCAUGGACUCCUACACGAUGCGCUUCUGUGGCCACCUGGCUGCUGUGGGGGGUGCUGUGGGGGCCGGGCUCAUGGGCCUGGCAGGGGGCGUGGUGGGUGCUGGCAUGGCAGCAGCUGCACUGGCUGCAGAGGCUGGGAUGGUGGCUGCUGGAGCUGCCGUGGGGGCCACAGGGGCCGCCGUGGUUGGGGGUGGCGUGGGUGCUGGGUUGGCUGCCACAGUGGGCUGCAUGGAGAAGGAGGAGGAUGAGAGGCUGCUGGAAGGGGACCGAGAACCCCUUCUCCAGGAAGAGUAACAGCCCCAGGAGGUAUUGAAGGACAAGAUAGAUGUGAGGUGGGGAUGAAGAAGAGGGGCAGGUCGGGGGAGGGUGAUGCCAGGGAUUCCAAGGCACCGCCAUGUACCGCACUGCCGUGGUUGAAUGCUCGAUGUCUGGGUGGCAGCUGAGCUGGGACUCAAGGUGGCUCUUGGAACCUGGGAGGCAGCAUCUGGGGGCAGUGGAUAGAACACCCGGCCUAUUUGUGGUUGCAGAUGGUUGCCCAUCUGCCCUUGUUACAGAUAGGCCACAUCCCAGGGUUUCUGGCUGCAAGUGAGGCUCUACCCUCCCCACCUGGCUCAUUUCCCCGAUGACCCUGGAUUGUAGGAAAGUUAAGCAGGCACCAUCCUGGAAGUCUACCCCUGGGUGGUCAAGAGACCUGUUCUUUCACAGAUGUGAGAAGCCCCAGGAUGAUUGACCAUGGUGUUCAGGAGUGGGGAGCACGGAUGAGGUGCUGGGGAUGACAGGAAGGAAGGAACACUGGGCAGAACCAGAGAUGGGACAUGGUAGGCUGUGGCCCAGACCCCAGAGUAGAGAAACUUGCUCCCACGACCCUUCCCAAAUCUGCUCCAGCAGGACUAAGGUGGCUUCCCCACUCCUGGCCCACAGCCCCAGGGAGCCUGUCUGUGCAUCCUGAACCACUCUGUGCUGGGCCUCCGCAAGGACCUCUCUUGGGUCUGCGUCCUUUUUCAAGCCUGUUUAGAUGGGAGAGUGCCCAUGCCCUCUGUGAAAUGCCCAAAUGCCAAAGAAUAACACCUUUUCUUGCAUUCUGAGCUAAGCCAGACAGCCUUUAUACUAGAUUCUAUCAAAAUCUUGCAAAGGAAAACAAAGUGAAGAACUAUCCUUAAACACAUCCUUUCUCCCCUGGGCUUAUAAGAAAAUGCAGCUUGAUGCAGCUCCUCAAACACCAGGCCCCCUGGGAACUGAGGGUGCUGGAGUUCUCCCUCUGGGGGACAGAAAAUCUGACUACUAGGAAGACUUCUAGGCUAUGAAACUGAAUUCUAGGCUAUGAAACUUACAGGGUAUGGGUGGGCACAUUAUCCUUUAUUUUAUGAAAAAUAAAAUGUGUGUAUGUGAA